AUGGGAGGUAAUAGGCAUCGCUACGAGCGCAAUAAUUGUAAAGAAUGGAAACAAAAGGAGGAAAUCUGGAGUAUCUUGCAGAAGGGCGGGCUAACGAAGUACAUGGAAAGACUCCAUGGGAGGGAUGCUAAAAUCACUAAUUUUUUCACCAAAAACUGGAGGAAGGGCACCCUGAAAAUGGGAGAUCAAACUAUAACCAUUGACGAAGACCUCAUUGCUCAGGUGAUGGGUCUCCGAAGGGAGGGAAAUCAUGGUUCUGUCUCUGAUUCUGAGGAGGAAGGGUCAGACUCUAAAUUUUCUAUGGGUGAGGAUUCUAUCGGUGAUUCGAAAAGUGAGACUGAGGAGAGCCUGGAGGACUCCUAUGUUGAAUUGGGUAAGAAAAGAAAACAGGAGAGCAUUAAGUCAUCCUCUUCCAAGGGCAAGAAAAAAAGCAAAGAGAAGGUCUUCCAGAUUCACUCUUCCUCCUCCUCGGAGGUCUCUGAGGACUUUGAAAAGGAUGACCCCCCGUCCCCUCGGAAGAAGAAACCUAAAUCUUCUUUUCAGAAAAGGAAAAAGCAGAAAAGGCAAGGCAAUUCUGAGCUAGAGAUGAAGGACAAAGAGCAGAGAAAGGACUCUGAUGUAGACCAAAAAUUUGAGGAGGAGAACACAGGGGAUGGUUUCAACCAGAGUGUUGGUAGUGAUGCCGAACAGAAUACUAGUGGAGAAGACCCCAAAACUGAUCAGGCCAAGUGA